UUGUGGGAGGAGGACGGACAGCAAAAUGAGGAGGAGAAGCAAGUUGGAUACACAGGAAUGACAAAGGAGUGAGUAACAAGCAAGAACAAAAAAAAGAGUAGCAUACUCUCUUACCUUUUCCGCAUCACGGGACCUCUCCCAUGUACAAAUGGAGCGACGACGUGGAUAUGCACACAUUUGGCUCCUGGGGUCAACAUCGCUGAUUUUUUUCAUCCUCGGGGCAAAUGGAGUGGAGAUUCCAGAGCAGCAAAGACAUUCAGGAUCCAACACCAGUGAGCACGGCCAUGCUCCCAACAUCAGCGGGAUACCCGUGGUGUCCUUUAAGUGGCAUCAUGUGGAGCCCCCUUACCUCGUUGCCUUAUGGGUACUGGUGGCGUUUUUGUCCAAACUAGUCAUCGAGGCCAACCAUCACGUGACCAACAUCAUCCCAGAGAGCGCCCUGCUCAUCUGCUUCGGCUUCAUCCUGGGCGGCAUGAUCUGGGGCGCAGACCAGGUGCAGACCUUCAAGCUGACCCCGACCGUCUUCUUCUUCUACUUGCUGCCCCAAAUCAUCCUGGAUGCGGGCUACUUCAUGCCCAACAAGCUGUUCUUCAGCAACAUGGGCACCAUUCUGGUCUACGCCAUCAUCGGGACCUGCUGGAACGCUGCCAGCGUGGGGCUGUCGCUGUGGGGCUGUCACAUGGGAGGAGCCAUGGGUGACCUGGACAUCGGCCUGCUGCAGUAUCUUCUGUUCGGCAGUCUGAUUGCUGCGGUGGACCCGGUCGCGGUCCUCGCCGUGUUUGAGCAGGUCCACGUCAACGAGGUCCUCUUCAUCCUGGUGUUUGGAGAGUCCCUGCUCAACGAUGGCGUGACCGUGGUGCUCUUUAAUGUGUUUGAUUCGUUUGUUUCUCUGGGAGGAUCCAAGAUUGAUGCUGUGGAGAUAAUCAAAGGAAUAAUUUCCUUCUUUGUGGUGGCAUUCGGCGGCUCCCUCCUCGGCAUGGUGUUUGGUUUGCUGCUCUCCCUUCUGACCAGAUGCACCAAAAACAUCCAGAUCAUCGAGGCGGGCUUCAUCUUCGUGGUGGGGUACCUCUCCUACCUCACGGCCGAGAUGCUCUCCCUCUCCGCCAUCCUGUCGAUCGUCUUCUGUGGCGUCUCCUGCCAAAAGUACAUCAACGCAAACAUGGACGAAAGGUCCGUCACUACGGUCAGAUACGCCAUGAAGGUGAUCGCCAACGGAUCGGAAACCAUCAUAUUUGUUUUCCUCGGAAUCUCAGCGGUGGAUAAAUCCUUAUGGGUGUGGAACACGGGCUUCAUCCUCCUCACGCUGCUUUUUAUCUUCGUCUAUCGCAUCAUAGGUGUGUUUGCACUUACCUGGAUCAUGAACAAGUUCCGACUGGUCCCGUUGGAGGUGAUCGAUCAGAUCAUUAUGAGCUACGGUGGCCUGCGAGGGGCGGUGGCCUACGGCCUGGCAGUGAUGCUGGACGACGACAAGAUCAAGGAGAAGAACCUGAUGGUCUCCACAACGCUGAUUGUGGUUUAUUUCACUGUCAUUCUUCAGGGGGUGACAAUGAAACCUCUUGUCCAAUGGCUGAAAGUCAAGAGAGCGGCCACCUUGGAAGUCACACUCAUAGAAAAGGUUCAAAACAAGGUCUUCGAUCACAUGCUUGUGGCCAUUGAAGACAUCUCUGGACAAAUUGGACACAACUACAUGAGAGACAAGUGGAGUCAUUUUGAGGAGAGAUGGAUGACCGGGAUUUUAAUGAAGCCGUCGGCCAGAAAGAACCGCGACUACGUCUUCAAAGUCUUCCACAAGCUGAACCUGAAGGAUGCCAUGAGCUACGUGGCUGAGGGCGAGCGCAGAGGCUCUCUGGAGUUUGUCCGCAACGAAUCCGCUUUUAUUGACUUCAAGAAGAAGUUGGGGGAUAAGUUCUCUGGGGUCAUGCCCGACAUCAUGGCUGACAUGGGGGACGAUCACGGGGCAGUGUCCCCCGGGAGGAGAGAGCCCGUUCCCUCUGUGAGCCUGGAAAUGCACCAGCAGACCAUGAAAGGUGUGAGGGAGGCCGAGGACAUCAACAGUCACCACCUCCUGCAGCAACACCUGUACAAGGGCAGGAAACAGCACCGGCACAGGUACAGCCGGAGUCAUUUCGAGGUCAACAAAGACGAGAACGAGGUGCAGGAGAUCUUCCAGAGGACCAUGAGGAGCCGUUUGGAGUCUUUCAAGUCUGCAAAGAUGGGCGUGGCGCCGCCAAAGACCAUCAGCAAGCACCAGAAGAAAGAGCAGCAACCUAAGAUGCCAUCAGGGAAAUUAGCAGACAGAAGUAAAAGCUACCAUUCUGGUGAUGAAGAUUUUGAGUUCUCCGAGGGCGACAGUGCAUCUGGCUACGAAGCGUCAGGAGAUUCUCUCCCCAUGAGGGUUCCUUACAGAGUAGGAGGUGAAUACACCAUGAGGGUUCCUUACAGAGUAGGAGCCGGCAUAGAGAAUCCCGCCUUCAUGCCGGAUUUGGACUUGAUGGCGCCGAUGCAGAUCCCGCCGUGGCUGGCGGAGGCCGAGCCGGACAGCGGCAUGGUGGCCCCCUCGCAGAGGGCCCAGGUCAGGCUGCCGUGGACGCCCAGCAACCUGCGGCGCCUCGCCCCGCUACGCAUCAGCACUCGCUCCACGGACUCUUUCAUGCAGGCCGACGAUGAAGACGACCUUCCCCCGCCGUUAACACCGCCGCCUCCUCCCGACAGACACAUGUAACAAAUGCAGCUGAGUAGGCUCCAGCAACCCCUGCCACCCCAAAAAGCGGUAGAA